ACACCCCUUCCGAUGUCCCGGCAUGAGACUUCACCGACAACGGUGCAACCCGCCAGCAACCACCGCCCCAACGCCUGCUGCUUCUGCUGGUGCUGCUGCUGCAGCUGCUCCUGGAACGAGGACCGGGAGCGAGCGUGGAGGCCGUCCCGGGAGACCAAACUGGAGACCAUCCCAAACUGUGAAGCGUGCACCAAACCCACGCCGGAGGAGGUGCGGGGCUGGGCACAGUCCUUCGACAAGCUGAUGAAGAGCCCGGCAGGUCGCAACGUCUUCCGGGAGUUCUUGCGGACUGAGUACAGCGAGGAGAACAUGCUCUUCUGGCUGGCGUGCGAGGAGCUCAAAAACGAGUGCAACAAGCACACCAUCGACGAGAAGGCCAGGAUGAUCUACGAGGACUACAUCUCCAUCCUUUCGCCCAAGGAGGUGAGCCUGGACUCGCGGGUGCGGGAGGUGAUCAAUUUAUACUGA